AUGACAUCAGCUAUUUCAUUUACACUUAAUAUUAAUAUUCAAAGUUCAAAUGCUCAUCAUAUUCGACCUAUUCUACCAAAGAUUAUUGCUGAUAAUAAUAUUCAACAAACAAUUACAAUUAAUAAGAUAUCAUCAUCAAUAUCGAAAAAAAUUUUAAAUAAUAAAGGUUGUCAACGUUUAGAAACAAAACAAUGUUUUCUACCUUUAACACCAACGAUUAUCAAAACACCUUUACCAAUUACAAUUGAUAUUCAAUCAAAACUCGAAUCGGUUAUAUUAAAAACGGUUGAUUGUGAAAUAAUUGAUUUAUUCAAUCAAAUGAAAUCAAAACCAACGACAACUGCUUUUAAUGAUAAUCUAUCGGUUAUAUUAUCAAAAUUUGUACCUAGUGAACAUAAAUAUUUUUUUGGUAGUAUUGUUAUUACGGAUAAAAUUGAUUCACUCUCAGAUGAUGUUAACAAUUCAAUAACGCAGGAACGUCGUAUUGUUAUGGAUCAAUUGCGUACGCUUGAAUUUGUACAAUUACAAGCAUUUGCACGAGUACUUCAACAACAAAAUAAAAAAUCUCAAACAACAAUUGAUAAAUUACGACAACAAUAUAAUCGAAUACCACCAGCUCAAUUACUUUCUGAAUCAAUUAAAAAACAUUCUCUUGAUAAAAUAACAUUUACUUUAAUAAUGGAACGUAUCUUAGGCAAAGUUGAUCAUCUAUUAUUAAGUGUACGUGAUGAAUGUUAUGCGACAGCUGUUAAUAACGUACAUUCAUUAGUACAAAAAGAUUUAGGAACAACAACAAUGAUGACAAAAAUUGAUCAUGAACUUUCUCAACAACGUAAUAAAGUUAAUCAUUUAACAUUAGUUAAUGAAAAAUAUAAUCAAUUAAUCGCUCGAUUAAUACAAGAUAUUCAACAUGUUCAUGAUAUGGCUCAACAUGAUGCAAAAGAAGCACAUAAUAUGCGAUUGUUUAUUCAAUCAUUACACGAUACUACAUAUCAACAUCGAUUAGAUCAAAGUGAAUGUAAAAUAAUAAAACGUUCAAUUAAUCAAUUAGAACUUGGAUUUUUUGAUAAUCUUAUUCGUAUUCAACUUGACGGGAAAGCAAUUGGUCGCGUAUCAACUUGGUCACAAUUAAAAGAUGAUAAUGAAAAUACUAUUGAAUGUAAAAUCAUCUAUUCUACAGAUGAAAAUCUUAAUGCAAGUCAACAAAUAUCUUAUGAAUUACUUAAAAAUGAAAUUAAUACUUAUUGGAAUCGUCCAUUAAUAAGUACAAUAUCAAUGUUAUAUCUUAUAGAACUUCUUCGCAAAUUAAUUGAGUAUUCUCUUAUUGCAAAUAAUUUAUCUCGAACAUUACUUGUUUGUCUUGAAACUUUACCUUGUAAAUUAAUUGAUAAUAAAUUUACUAUUGAUUGGUCAACAUCACAAAUACGUUUAGAUAUUGAAUGGGAACUCGAUGAACGGAUAUUUCAUGAUUGUCCAUUGAAAUCAUCUUAUUGUUGUCAACCACAACAUAAUGGAUUAUGUAAUGAAUUACAAAUUCUUCUUGAUCGAAUCAAACCAAUUAGUGGUUCAGUUGCAAGUUUAUAUGAACAAGUUGAAAAACAUGUUCGACCAUGGAUUAAAAUUCUUGAUGGAAUACAAGAUGAAAAUACUCAUAAAUCUCAAGGACAUAUAUCAUUACAUAAAUUAAAACAAUCAUUAGAGAAAUUAUUACUUGAACAAAAUUAA